AUACUGAUUGUACUUGAUGGCGUAGGAUAAAAACUCAAAACUAGACCAGUUUCCAUUAAAUACAAGCUGAUAACUGUAUCUAUAUCUGUGUAUAACCGUAUGUGCAAACGAAAUAGUGCGUGAGGAGUCUGUGAAAUCCUUAAAAUCCUGUGAUAGAUUCAAUCAUUCUGUGAGAGAAUGGGUAGAGGAAGAGUAGAAUUGAAGAGAAUCGAGAACAAAAUCAACCGACAAGUCACCUUCGCUAAACGCCGUAAUGGACUGUUGAAGAAAGCUUACGAGCUUUCAGUUCUCUGCGACGCUGAAGUCGCGUUGAUCAUCUUCUCUAGCAGAGGAAAACUGUUUGAAUUUUGCAGCAGCUCAAGCAGCAUGCUUAAAACACUCGAGAGGUAUCAAAAAUGCAACUAUGAAGCGCCUGAGUCGAAUCAUACUGCAAGGGAGGCGCUGGAGCUAAGUAGUCAGCAGGAGUAUAUGAAACUUAAGGCGAAGUAUGAAGCACUACAACGAUCCCAAAGGAAUCUUCUGGGUGAGGAUCUUGGCCCUUUAAACUGCAAGGAGCUUGAAUCGCUAGAGAGGCAGCUCGACACAUCUCUCAAGCAUAUCAGAUCAGCGCGGACGCAGCUCAUGUUGGACACAUUAACAGAUCUCCAAAAGAAGGAGCAUGCACUAAAUGAAGCAAACAGCACACUGAAGCAAAGGUUGAUAGAAGGAAAUCAAAUAAACUCACUCCACUGGUUUCAACACGCCGAGCAACAAGUCUGUUAUGACAGACAACCUGCACCUCCACAACAAAGCGAAGAAACCUUCUUUCACCCGCUCGACUGUGGGCCCACGUUACACAUAGGGUACCAAAUGGAUCCAUUAACAACGACAGAAGCAGGGCCGAGUAUGAAUAAUUACAUGCAAGGAUGGUUGCCAUGUUGAAAGGUAAUAACACAAUGUUGAUGAGGUUGUGAGCAUAAAUUAUAAAGAUUCAAGGUGUGUUUAAUCUUUAUCGUAAGUGAUUUGCGACAAACAAAUAUUGACAGAUCUAUAUGUAUAUUUAUAAAAACUGUUGUCUGUUUUGAUGACAAUUUCAUGUUCUGCCAGUUUAAGAAACGGUUCAAUUGUAACUUACUUUUAAAAGUCUUAAGUUUAUAA